GUGUCAGUGACAAAUGAGGGAAUUCAAAUGUCAUCAUGUGGCUGCUGCUUUACUGUUUGGAUACAAGAGAGCGAGCAAAACUGACAUUAAGUGUUCCUGGAUCAAGCGUCCGAAAUCCGCACCACCCAAGAAAACUGUGACGAUGGCUGAAAUGUAUCCACCAAAUCAGCCUGGAUACAGGGCUCUAAACAGAUCUGUCUCAGAUGAUGACAGAACUUUUAUUUAUAAACAACUUGGACAGUUGGGUCGCUUUACAGCUCUGCAUUGGAUUAUGGCAGAGGAGCCACAGACACCGGAUGUACCAGUGCCUCUCCUGGAUGACUUGAUGAUCCAUCCUGAAUAUCUGGGAGCUGAGGACCCCCGCACAUGGCUGAGACGACAGUUGCUGGUGUCGCACGAAAAGGUCAACCAAACAGCUGCAGCAACUAUUGGACAGAGGGAAAAUGCCUUAUGGGCAGCUGUUCGCAAGUUGAGAUUUACCGCCUCUAACUUCGGACAUAUCUUGUCAGCGUUUGACAAAAAAAAACUGACAGUGUCCUUGAAAAAAAGACUUCUGAGCGCGUAUAACCUGGAAAAAAGGGCACCUGUGCAGUGGGGGGUAACACAUGAGCAGGUGUGCAUAGCUGAAUACUGUAAGGUUGGAGGAGUCGCUGUACGCCCGACAGGAAUUUGGCUGCAUGAGUCUGGUGUCUUGGGUGCAUCACCAGAUGGUUUUGUCGAAGGCGUGUUUAGGGGUUUAGUUCAUCAACAACAUGGACAAGCAACAUGUAGUGCAGACAUCAUAGAAGUAAAGUGCCCCUACACUGCCAGAGACAUGACUAUCCAGGAGGCGUGUUCAUCUAUCAAGGAUUUCUACCUAGAUCAAUCUUCUGAUGGACGGCUUUCCCUCAAGCAAGCCCACAACUACUGGCAUCAGAUUCAAGGACAGCUACACAUAACGGGAACUAAUACAUGCGAUCUUGUUGUGUGGACAAAUAAAGACUUGCAAGUGAUCAGAAUAGCAAAGGAUCAUUUGUGGUCGGUCAAUCUGUCAAAAAUGAUUGAUUUUUAUUUUUCGAGCUUUUUACCAUCACUAUACGAAUAAAGGUUACAUUAAAUCUGAGAUGUUAUUACUCCAGGACUCCAGGGGUCAGUGGUUCGACCCCAGUUGAGGACUACACCUUUUGUUUUUAUUCAUCUUUUUGUAACUGGAGCUUUUUAGAUCCAAAGUUUACAUUUAUCAAUGUUAAAGCAUUGAAUGGCAAACUUCAACACGUGCCAAAAUCUGUGAAAAGGCCCCUUUGAAGAAAUAUGUUAAUACAUGUACUACCAAUUAGUUGGUUAUUUAUAUAUUGUUUAUAUAAAGAUAACUGAACCAUUUUGUGACAGUACAGAUAUUCUUUAAUUCUACAUUUUCAGCAGAAUGUUGUUUUUAUGUCCCCCAACACUAUAUUGGGGGACAUAUUGUUUUUGCCCUGUCUGUUGGUUGGUUUGUUUGUUUGUGCAAACUUUAACAUUUGCCAUAACUUUUUCAAUAUUGAAGAUAUCAACUUCAUAUUUGACAUGCAUGUGUAUCUCAUGGAGCUGCACAUUUUGAGUGGUGAAAGGUCAAGGUCAUACUUCAGGGUCAAAUAAAUGGGGACAUAGUGUUUCACAAACACAUCGCUCGUUUUCAUUUGUUCAAGUCGUAAUUAAUGCAUGCU